CGUGUGUGUGUCACGGAAAAUAUGGCGAAAGGGGGCCCGUAGAUCCUCGAUACGUUGAAUCUAGUAAACCCGGAAUAGGCUGUUAUGUCUUUAAUAUGUAAAAAACUCCCUACAAGUGUACCUUUCUUGUCUUUUCUCGCAGUAGUGAAAAAGGCUUUGAAUUUGGUUUGAAGUGGUGGAAGUUGUAAUAGGGCUCAACAGAUCGUCAGCAUUGUGAAAUAUGAUGCCAGGGAAUAGUUGUUUUGAUUUGCAAGGCUCCAUGAGGGCUAAUCAUCAACAGCUUCAACAUUAUCAGUCUCAUUCGAAACAAGGGGCAAUUAAUGCAAAUUUCCCCCUCACUAUAGGUAGUAUGCAGCAGGAUUGUAACCAGAAUAUUUCUUUGGCUGAUCAGGGUAAGUCUGCAAGUGAUGAAGAUGAACCAAGUUUUACUGAAGAUGCUGCUGAUGGUCUCAAUGACCUGAAUAGGGGGAAAAAGGCUACCCCAUGGCAGCGUGUGAAAUGGACCGAUCAGAUGGUGAGGCUGUUGAUAACUGCUGUUUCUUACAUAGGCGAAGAGACUGCUGCAGAGUAUGGUGGAAGAAGAAAAUGCUCUAAUUUGCAUAAGAAAGGGAAAUGGAAGUCAGUGUCAAAAGUCAUGGCUGAAAGGGGUCAUUUUGUUUCACCUCAACAGUGCGAGGAUAAAUUCAAUGACCUAAACAAGAGGUAUAAAAGACUCAAUGAGAUCCUUGGCAGAGGAACUUCCUGUGAGGUAGUUGAGAAUCCUGCUCUUUUGGAUGUGCUGGAUCACGUAUCAGAGAAAGGAAAGGAGGAAGUUAGGAAAAUCUUAAGUUCAAAACAUCUGCAUUAUGAAGAGAUGUGUUCCUACCAUAAUGGGAACCGCUUACAUCUGCCCCCAGACCUUGAACUGCAGCGUUCAUUACGUUUGGCUCUUACAAGUAGAGAUGAGCAUGAUGACAAUGAUGUUAGGAAGCACCUGCAAGAUGACAAUGAUGAUGAUGAUCACGAAACUCACUUGGUGGAGGACCAAGAUGAGUAUGAAGAGAAUCAUAGCUUGCCUAGGGAGCACAGGUUACAUGGGAUGUCAGGAGGUUUUUCAAAGAGGAUAAAACAAUGCCAGGGUCAUGAAAUUGUUACUUUUGGUAAUUUCUUGACUACUGUCGAUGGUAAUAGGACUUUCAUUUCUCAACCUCAGAAGGCAAACACUGAUGCCAAUCAAAUGUUUUCCGAAUGCAACAAAGCUGAUAUUCUGCAGAAGCAGUGGAUGGAUCAUCGUUCGUUUCAGCUAGAAGAACAGAAGCUACAAAUUCAGGCGCAAAUGUUGGAAUUGGAGAAAGAGCGUUUCAAUUGGAAAAGAUUUAGCAGGAAAAAGGACAUCGAAUUGGAAAUGAUGAGAAUGGAAAAUGAGAGGAUUAAACUUGAGAAUGAAUGUAUGGCAUUGGAGUUGAAGCGAAAGGAAAUGCUUGCUGAAAAUGUUUAGGCUAUUGCUGUUGCGAAAGCUUAGCUGUAUCAGGGAGUGUGCAUCAAAGUUUACAUUUCUUAGGGAAGAAGGAAAACCACCUCAGAAUCAGGUCUUUUUAUGAUAUUAGCUGUACAAACUGCAAAUUACUGCUUUGCCCAAUGUUGGCUAAUGCUCUUGCAUGUAUUCUAGAGCUUGCAGUUAUCCUUGUAAACUUGGUUGAUGGAUUCUGGUUGUAUAUUUUGAAAAGAGAUCAAUCCUGUAAAUCUCUUGGGUUUUAGUUUGACCUUUCUCUUAAUAACUGUAUAUGUCUUGCUUACCGUCUAAAAAUGAUAUGCUUGUUGCAGGGUCCUCCUCAGAGCUGGUUCAAGGAAGCCCUCAUUAGUUUUAUCUGCUGAUGUUCUAACACACUAAUCAAACAUAGCUCUAUCAUUGAGGAACUAGUGUGCUCAUCGAAUUUUUCUUUUCUUUAUUUUUUUAGGGCAGAAGGAACACCACUUCAAAAUCAUGUGUUUCCUGCUAUAUUAAUGGUACAAACUGCUUAUUUAAUGCUUCUCUCAAUAUUAGCUAAUGUUCUUGCAUGGAUUUCAAAUAUAGCAUUUCUAUGUUGGCUAAUCCUAUUGUAUGGAUUUCAAAGCUAGCAUCUGUAUGUCGGCUAAUCCUGGUUCCUGGACUUAAAGCUAGCCGUCCUCUUUGUCAUUCUAGUUGAUGGGCUUCUAGUUCUAUGUUUCGAAAAGGGAUCUCAGUCCUGUAAAUCCAUUGGAAUUUUAGUUUGCUCUUCUCUCUUAAAGACAGUAUAUCUCUGGCAUACCAUCCAUUAGUGAUAAGCUAGCUGCAGGAUCCUUUAUGUAGCUGGCUCCAGGAAGCCCUCAUUUAAUCCUAUCUAUUAAUAUUUUUUACACCCCAUCAAAUACGGGUUUGUUUGAAGAAUGUGUGUGAGUUUCUUUUACAUGACCUGAACUGUUGUCUUAAAUUCCUUAUUUAGGUUUUGAUUUAAAUAUAACAUCGUGGAGUGUGAUGGAAGAACCUUUGGCAUUUUAUAAAAGUUUACAGUUUAUUGACUCCAAAAAGGUAGCAGGCCGAGGCAAGACAUUUGAAAACUCAGAAUGGUGUCAAUUUCAUGGGGCUAUUUUAGAUGCCUGGUUGCCUGAUCAUAUAAGUAGUUGAUAGUAUUAUCAUAUUGCUGUAAAGUUUCACUUUAUGUGUCAUCUCUGUCCCUGGAAUUUCCAACUCCCUAUAACAACACUAUAGCAGGGUGUUUAACCUCUUAAAGUAGCUUGCUAGGGAUUUUUUAAGGCAGUACCUUACAUAUAUAUAUGGCUUUUCCAUUUGUGGUCUUCUGAGAAGCAAAUUGUACUCAUCUUGGAGUUUUGCAAUGGAAAAGUUCAUAUUGGUGGAUAUACAAGGUAUAAUUUGAUUAUUUUUUCUUUCCUUAUAAAACAGGUAUCAUUUGGUUACUGAUUUAUUCAUUUCUUUAUCCAAUGUUGCUUCUGCUCUUAAUUUCUCCAAGUUGAUGUGUUUUGGUUUGAAGGGAAGUAUUUGAAGAUCUUUCUGGAAGUGCGGAAGUGUUUUCUUCUUCCGAAUAUCAGGUCAGUCAUUUAUUGAAUAUUUGUUUGUAAAAAAUAUUUGUUAUCCUUGGUUAUUAGUAUAAGUUUUUACCUUAGAUCUACCUCCUUUACAUUUUAGUUUAGAAUAUCAAGUCAUCAUCUCAGACUAGUGUCGUUCUUUGUUUCUUUCUAGGGUACCCCUACUCUCCGCCUCCCUAGCUCAGUGCAGUAGGGAGAAGUUCUUAAGCAAUGGGUGAGGGGAUGAGAAAGUGAUGGAGCGUGAAAAUGUGCUAUCAACAUACCCAGUAUUAUCCCACACCAUGGGGUUUGGGGAGGGUAGUGUGUACGCAGACCUUACCCUUUGUGAGGAUCUGGAGUGUGCAUAUUUAGUUUAACAAAUAGCAUAUAUACGAAAAUCACUACACACUUACGAACAUGAGUUCCGUGUAUUAUUUUGUACGACAAGGUAGGCUAACUCUCAUUGUUCCCACAUUACCUUUUUUGACACAAAGAAGGUCAGCGAGGGACACUCCCAUUGAACAUCUACAAGAAGGCGAGGCAACAAGUGGCUUUCCUAAGGGCUAAGGCUAUGGACCUUGGCAUUCAGACCUUUGUUGAGUAGUCACAUGUUUUAACUGAGACAAUCUCUCAUAACCCAUAUCUUCUGUAUAUUUAAUAGGAAAAGUCUUUCUUUGUAAAUUGAGUGUUCUAUUUUGUCAUAAUGAAAACUACAAUGACUAAUUGUUGCA